AUGCUGAAGAAGGUGGUGGACUGGUGUGGAUGCUCUCCGUUGGUAUUCACCGCUAUGGAUACGUUCAAAUACGCAGUUGAGACUGCCAAGAAGAAAACAGUGUUCUUUGGACGUAAAUUCGAUAGUUUUAUAAGUCAGUCAGCAAUUGCUCAAGCCGAAUCGCAAGCAUUCAGAAAUAUGGCGCCGAAUUUAGUCGAUCCACGACAUGCUUCGUUUGAACGUGUUUGGAUCAAUUUUUACAAUCGUAUCGUCGAUAAAUCACGUUGGUUUAUCGAAUCAUUCACUACUCUGUUAUAA